GAAACAUGUCAAAUCAUGCAAUGUAAAUAUUGUAACCAUUUUUGAUAAUUCUUACAAUAAUUGUUGAUAAUUUAUUUUCUUUGUAUUAUUUUUAUUCGAUUGCAAUGCCGGUAGAUUGCCAAAGGUCCACCUCUGGUGGGAAGGGUAAUUGGGGAAUGUUUAUAGAACGUGAUCCGAAAAUAUGUGCCGCGGGAUUACCCUCUGCUCAGCCAGACGACAAAGUUUCUGAGUCAUUAAAACAUUACUUAUUGAAGGAUGAAGUGGAUGCUCUUGUGAGUGAUGCAAUCUUUCCACCGGAGCCUCCUCGACCAUUGCCACCUUUACGACGACCGAUUCCAUUAGACAAACGCUUCGCAGGCCCAUUUGGUCAAGUUGCGCAGUUAAUAAAUCCCCCAAUAAAAACAAAAUUCCUAACACUUGUGGAUGAAUUUAAGGAUACUACGUAUACGUCUUAUUGGAAAAGACCACUUGCACAAGUGCGUGAUCCUGUGCCGAUGCUUCCCGAUGGUAUGGAUACUUUUGGCACCACUUUUGGAAAGAAAACACCAUUUCAUGGCAGGUUAUAUGAUGUUGUAAUGCCGAAAAACCCACUUCCCGAUAAAACACCUCGUUCUAAAGAAGCCGGAGUGCAAUUAGACCGAGAGUACUGUUCUCCUCCGUAUAAUGGAGAUGUAACAUUUGGGCACAGAACAUUUGUUGAUAAGCGUGGUACAUACGCUAAAUGUUGUCUUACUGACGAUAGAGUAGUUCUCGGAAAGGGAGGCCGAACGAUUUUAAAUACACUUCAAGCUAAAUAUCUGGAAGCCAAUCAAUCAAGAGUUGGAAAGGCUAUCACUCCGAAUGACAAUAUAAAUAACGUUCCAGAAGGCUAUGCUUUUGGAAAAUUAAAACCACCUGAUAAUUUACCGGAAUGCCUAUCGUAUUGUGCUUUAAAUCCAGAACGGCAUUUCUUCAAGAAAUGCUUAGGACACUUAAAUUCUCUUCGAAAAUCUUUGUCAAAGCGUUUUUUGCCAUCAUUCUUUAGGGAUUUCUUUUUAAAUAUAAAAUUUUACGAUAAAGAAAGAAGUGGUUGGUUACCUAAAAAGGUUGUUUAUGAUUUGUGUGCGUUAAGACUUAUUCGAUUCGACUCGUCAUUAAUAGAGCCCUUGUUGUCUAUGUGGCAAGCGUAUGAUGGAGAAAACAUUGAGUACAAGACAUUUGUUCAUGUAAUUAAUUACCGAGAACCAUCGCCAGAUCUAUCAAAAGUCAAGGACAUUCCCGAUGAAUGUCUUUCAUUUUCAACUACUUAUACAGAAAUGGUAGCGCCUGGAAAAGAGGAAGAUAGAAGUCGAAUGGCCGGUUUGCCAUCGGGUAGGUACUUUGACAUGGAUAAUCCAGUUACUCCUGAACGUUGCUGCCGAGCAGAUAGAACUUGCCUACCCCAUGAAUCUGAUAUGAAAGCAUGUCUCAAUCCAAGCAUUUUAACUUUAUACCAUGUUAAUCACAGAGAUAUGUAUGCUAAACGAGAACCUCCAAUUGUGAGAAGGGUUUUUGAAGCAGCCGGUGAAAUAUUUACUGAUGAAAAAUUUAACGAGAUUUGGGAAGAAGCUAAGAAGUAUCAUUCAGAUGGUUGGGUCUGUUAUGAAACAUUUAAUAGAGCUUUAAAAUCAUCUUAAUUCUGUAGAUUUAUUAAUUCUGACUGAAUUCGGGUAAAUA